AUGGACUAUAAGGCAAUUGCCCAACAAACCACCCAAGAAGUUUUAGAUUACAGUCAAGAUACAUCAGGCUGGAAAGUGGUUAAGACUUCAAAAAAAGUAACUGUUUCCUGCAAGCCUUCUAUAAAAUUUCGUGGAAAUCUAUAUCGUGUUGAAGGGAUAAUUCCAGAAUCAUCAACUAAGCUAUCUGAUUUUCUCUACAACCCUGGAAAUAGAGUUACAUGGGAUAAAGCGUUGCAGAUGUACAAAAUGGUACACAGGAUUGAUUCGGACACAUUUUUAUGUCAUACCGUUACACAAAGUUUUGCCAUGGGCUCAAUUUCCCCCCGAGACUUUAUCGACUUAGUACACAUCAAGCACUACGAAGGGAAUAUAAGCAUUAUCAGUUCUCAAAGUGUGGAUUUUCCAGAGUAUCCUCCAUCUCCAAAUUUUAUCCGUGGUUAUAACCAUGCUUCUGGCUUUGUAUGUUCACCUCUGAAAGAAAACCCAGCAUAUUCCAAACUAGUGAUGUUUGUCCAGACAGAAAUGAGAGGAAAAUUAUCCCCAUCGCUAGUUGAAAAAGCCAUACCUUCCAAUUUAGUAAGUUUCAUCGUCAAUGCAAGAGAUGGAAUAAAGGCACAGAAAACUUCAACAGGACGUGGACUUCAUCCUAAGAGUCAUUCAUACCUGAAGAAGAAAUAAGGUCCAUUCUGCUGUAAAAUCAU